AUGGGUACUGCCUUGAACAGGGGCCUUUUAUCGGGAUCCAUUGAUGCGUCUUUGGAAGAGAUUGAAGCAAGAUCAACAUCAUCAUUUUCUCUACAGGAUGGUAUCAAGAUUGGUCCAUUUGCCGUCCUGAAUUUGACUUCUGCUUCUAAUGAACCACGGGGCUCAUUUGCCAGCAAUACCACGCAGAGAACAAUCGAACAAUCGCAUCCCGAAGCCUCCACUGAUAAACUACAUUCAACGCAUCCAUCUUUUCCAUCUGAAGAUUUGCUGGGACUUCCAGAUGACUCAUUACAGUGGUCGGAUAUCUUUGGUCUCAAUGAUAACUUGUACGGGAUUACGUCCAAUUUCUCUUUCGACUCAAUGAACUGCCCGAACUUUCCUCCUUCUUCCCGAUGGCUUGUUUCCGAGAGCGAGAUGUACAAUGCAUCUUUAGCGAUGAAUCUGGAUCUAACGCAUAACAUGGUCCACGAGGAAGGACAGUCACAUUGCACAAGCAUCCUACAGGCUACUCUGGACAGUCCUGUAGCCUCAGUUGAUAUCCUCAAAGAUGCUUCCUUUCUGCUCAAAGUUUUCCAAAAACACGUCGUGUCUCAACUUACUAUCGUUCCUCUGGGCAAGAAAGCACCAUGGAACAUAUUGAAUCUGCCCGCGGCGAUUAUAACACUUGCAGAUUUAACAGUCAUGGAGUCGCAAGAUGUUAGUCAAGCCCGACAGGCUAAUCUCUUCAGUCUUAUUUCAUGCUCUGCUAUGUAUCUGUCUGUUACGCCGUCCGCUGGGUUUGGUGAUUCAAUCUCGGUAACCCACUGGCAGCAAGUUGCCAAUCAAGCAUAUCUUGCGGCCCAGAAUCACAUGCGCAUCUCAUUGAGCAAGGAGACUGAAGGCCCAACCAAAGCCAAGUAUAAGGACCAGCUGAUGGCGAUAUGCGCGAUGAUAGAAUCGGCGAUCUUCCUCGGUCAACACCAAGCCGUGCGAUGCUAUAUGAUCGAUGCUGAACGACUUCUGCGACUCCGCGGAUUAGUUAAAAGCAAGACCUCACACAAAGCUCGCCUACUAAUAAAUGUCUACUCGUGGCUGCGCAUCGUGGGCGAAAGCACGUAUAUUCUCCACGACUUCAGCCCCUCGAACUUGUUCAUUGAUUCUCUGAGUCACCAAAUUCGGACCUGUGGACCACCCAGAAGACUUGAUGGUCAUUCAUCAACGGCGGGGCAUAAUGUCCGUCUAGACGAUUUUCUUGACUUAGAGCAUUCGGAUGACGACCUCAACAUUGACGAGCCAAAGGACCAGAACAGGGAUAUUCCCGAUAUUCACCUCCGUGACUCGAGAAGAUCCGCGCACACUCUUUCGAAACAAGCCUAUGGCCUCUCAGAGACUUGGCUAAGCCUGGUCUCUCAAACUGUCCGGUUGGCCAACGUCUUAGAAAAAAUGGAAGCCGCACAAGGCACCGAAAUACAGAUAGACUCCAAGAUCUGGAAUUUUUUGCAGAAACGGAGUAAUCGCCUCGAAAAUGUGAUCCACUCGUACGGUAUUCGAAACAAUGAUUUCGAUCCCUCGGAAGUGCCGCCGGCGCCUUAUUCCCACGUUCUGCGAGCUUUUAACGCUGCGCUGGUGAUUCUCUUCUACAGGCGAGUUCGAAAAGUGCACCCAGGAAUUUUACAAGGCCAUGUUGAUGCCAUUAUCACUGCUUUAACGUCCUUGCAUGCUACACUACCAGAGGUAGAGCAUACUGGUCCUGGGACACUAUGGCCAAUUUUCCUAGCUGGCUGCGAGGCAAUGACAAAUGAAAGACGGUGUGCUAUCUUGGAGCUAGUGAAACGAUCACAGGAAAGAUGUGGUCUUGCCCCUGUCAAGAUUGCGGAAGAUACCAUGGCUGCUUUAUGGAAACGACAGGACGAGCAUUUCGAGGCGAAUCGUCGUGAGCCUUUCCCGACCUGGAUGGAUAUUCUAAAGAAACAGAAAACCUGGCCCCUGCUUUGUUGA